CCUCUUCCUUCGCUCUUGCUCUUCUCAUCCCCCUUGCUUCUCUCCUAUCUGCUCCGCGUUAUUUCUCUACUGCCGGCCUCAUGGCAGGUCGCUAUGAUCCAAAUCCCUUCGACGAAGAGGAGGUUAACCCCUUUGCGAACACAAGUGCCGUUCCCCCUGCAGCUAAUUCUAGGCUUUCACCUCUUCCUCAUGAACCUGCUGGUUUUUUCAAUGUUCGUGGUGCUACAGUUGAUAUUCCACUUGAUUCCAAUAUGGAUUCCAGAAAGAAGGAAAAAGAACUUCAAGCAAAGGAAGCUGAAUUGAGGAGGAGGGAGCAGGACAUAAAACGACGGGAAGAUGCAGUAGCUCGGGCUGGAAUUGUACUGGAAGAAAAGAAUUGGCCACCAUUUUUCCCAAUUAUUCAUCACGACAUUGCAAAAGAAAUACCUGUUCACGUUCAGAGGCUGCAGUACCUGGCAUUUGCCUCAUUUUUAGGAUUGACUGCAUGCCUGUUUUGGAAUCUUAUUGCUGUUACAGCCGCUUGGAUCAAGGUUUCAAAUGUGAAAAUUUGGUUACUUGCCAUCAUCUACUUCAUUUCUGGGUGCCCUGGAGCCUAUGUACUGUGGUAUCGACCUCUUUACAAUGCCAUGAGGACUGAAAGUGCCCUGAAGUUUGGAUGGUUUUUCCUAUUUUACUUGCUUCACAUUGUGUUUUGCAUCUUUGCUGCUGUUACUCCUCCUAUUAUCUUCAAAGGAAAAUCGCUAACUGGUAUCUUGGCAGCUGUAGAUGUUAUUGGAGAUUCUGUGAUUGUUGGGGUAUUCUACUUCAUUGGAUUUGGGUUCUUCUGCAUUGAAUCAUUGCUGAGCAUAUGGGUGAUUCAGCAAGUAUACAUGUACUUCAGAGGAAGCGGGAAAGCUGCAGCGAUGAAGCGUGAAGCAGCUCGUGGCGCCAUGAGGGCAGCUAUAUAACAAAUCACAAUUAUUCAAAACGGACUCUCCACAUUUGUAGAUGACGGCGUCGGAUGCUUUCGUAUUAGUCCGUUCGUAUUGGAUGAAGUAUUUUUUUCUGUUUGAUUGCUUGUGCAGUUGUUUGUUCUUCAUCUUUUCUGAGCAUGCCUUUUUUUCUCAAUAUUUUUUCCUUAAAUCAGUGGCUUAUAAAUUUGUUAAUGUUAAUGAUGUGCGUAAAUACAUUAAUUGUUGUUUAGUUAAACAGUGCAAUUGCUUCA